AUGCAGUCACUCCUGCUGCGUCCAACUCUGGUCCAGAGAAAACCAUCUGUGGUUUCAGAGGCAGAGCUGAAAGGAAGAGGAGUGGAGGGCACGGAAGAUCGAGCUCGGGCUGCGAUGUACAGACUUAAUCCUGACUGUUGGGUUUGGUCGCCCAGACCUCCUCUGCGUCUCCUUCCUCCGCAUACAGGGAGUGUUGCUUCAGACAUGCUGAGCCACCAGGAGGAGGAGGAGGAGAAGGAGGAAGAGGCAGGAGAGCAUCCUGCUGUUUGCUGCUACACCACAGGUUGUGAUGACAUCAUCCGCCGGGCUGCUGAUGCUCAGUGGUCCACCUCCGAAACUCCCAUCCACUCAGGGGUUCCCAGCAGCUCUGGACUUGCUGGGCGAGGUCCUGGUGCUCCUUCCUCACAGCAGCCAAAAACAGCGAUCGAUGCUGAUGAUGGAGAUGUAUCGCGGCAUUUCAUUGGCGGUUGUUGCUGGGAGGGUCCCGGGAUGGAGCCCCGGGGAUGUGUAUGUGCUUAUGGGCAGAGGGAACCGGAAGGUUUGGGUUCCUGUUGGCCUGGAUCUCCAUACGUUUACUACGGAGUGAGGAGGAACCUGGUGGUUGGAGUGCAGGUGGUGGAGGAGGUCGCUGUUGAAGACACUCUAGAAGUAAUAACAGAGGACAUAUAUACAGAUGAUCUGAUGGAUCCUGAAGUGCUGCAAGACGCCCAGCUGUACCCCACAUGAGCCCCAAGUAACUUUCAGCGUGUCCUGUUUGGACUGUAUACACUGUAAACAAAGAUAUUAUUCACAUAUUUGCUAAAUUUGAUUGUAUUUGAUAUAUGUAUCACUAUUGUUACAUUGUGUCUUUUGCGUUCUCAUUUUAUUUAUUUAUUUAUUUAUUUACCAAGGACAAUGCACAUUAAUCAACAUUGUAGUUUACACUUUACAGUUUACUGUAAAUGUAGCAGAGUUAGCUAAUAAUCUAGUUUUCAUUCAUAGUUAUUUUUUAGUAGGCUAAAGCCGCUGUCAACUGUAACUAAUAAGAACAGAAAAUAAAAUAAUAAAAAUUA